AAUACUGUGUCACGUAGCCAGAUAAAUACUGUGCGCGCCGCGUCCACUUCAUUUUAACCUCCAAUAUGAAGGUCUUGAUAGUCGUUCUGCUGAUUGGCGUGGCGUUAGCCGCCGAGGAGAAGAAGCCAUUCAGUUGGUUCUGCAACUACUACACGGCAGAUAGGGAUUGUAGCAAGACUUUGGUCAAAUUCAAAGUGUGUGACGGAGAUGGAAACGAGUAUGCCAGCAGUUGCGAUUUCUACAAAGCAGCUUGCGCCAACGCUGAAAUCGGUUCUAUGAAGAGGUGUCAAACAACCAACACAGCAACAACUGGUGAUAAACAGCCAUCAAGAUUCUGCCAGGCUCUGGCAGAGGGAAAAGCCUGCCCGAAGUGGAUGACUUACAAGUUUUUUAAGAUGUGUGGCUCUGACGGCAAGGUUUACGCCAGCAGAUGUGAAAUGGAGACUGCCAAGUGCAGCACCGGCACCCUCACCUUCAAGUACAUGAAAGGGGGCGACUGUGGCGUGAACCCCGACGGCAGCGGAGACGGCGGAGAUAAAGAGUAGAUCCUCCUGGCAAGGACACCUACAUAAACCAGUCCAGUGGGAAUUAAUUUAUGUAUGAUUGGUUCGUCUGAGUAAUAUUACUGUAUUAAUGUGUCUGCCAAUUAUAAGAAUAAACAAAUCAAUAUUUACAA